GCUUUUCAUUUUUUCAUUUUUGUUUGUAAAAUUCCCACAAAUUAUUUUCGUCACCUCGUUUUUGUUACCCUUCACUCUCCAUAACACUUCUUCGAAUCCGAAUGAACAAACAGAAAGAAAUGAAAAUAACUUAUUAGGGUUUAUCUCCGUCUCUCUUAUAUCCCGCGAAUCUGAAACCCUAAAAGGCUGAAGCUUUUUCGAUUCUUUAAUCUUCGGUUUCUCACUCAAUUGGCCUAAUUGCUUCAGCGGAGCUCUCUGCAACAUUGGUAUUGGAUUUCUGCAGCAUUCCCACAUUGAAAGGCAGCGGCGAUUUCAUAUCUUUGCGUCUAUUUAUCGUCGAGAUUUUCCAUUUGAGGGUUUUCCGUAUCCUGGUAUCCGUCACAGUCUCCGCUUGCAUAGGCCUUCGAAGGUUAGGAAUGGGAGUUGAUUAAGUCUUAAGAAGGAAGCACGUGUUGGAGGCACUAGGGUUGCAGUUGGAUUCGUCUGGUAUUGGCUAAAUUGGGAAUUCCCCAGUGCGUUGAUCUGGACAGAGUCUAGGGCGAUUGUAGUAUACUGUGGCCAUAAGAUAUAGUUGACGAUACAAACACGCUGCCCCUUUGAGGUGGUUUUAGUAUAGGGAUUUUGGACAGUCUGAUGACUCAUUCCUUGUUUAUAUGUUAGGUUUUAGAAGUUGAAAUGUACGGACAAGAGAACUAUGCUCCUCAGUUCAGGCCUGGUCCUGCAACAAACCCACAGUUUCAACAAGGUCCUGCCCCUCCCCCUUACCAACAAAGUCUUCCAGCCCUACCACCUACUGUAAUUCAGCAAGGCCAUUUGGCUCCACCACCUCAUGUGGUUCAGCCAGGCCCCCCUCCAGUGUAUGGCUCACCUGCCCUAGCUCCUCCAAUUCAGCAAGGCAGAUCACAACCACCUUUGCUUCAGCAAGUUUCAUCUAUGCAAGUUCCACCACCUGCAACAGUAAACAUUGGUCAAUCUUUCCUGCAUCCUCCAUCAUCAGUCCAUGGAAGUUCCCCCAUGAUGCCUACCAGUUCAACUGCUCCACAGAGUUCCCAGUAUUCUUCAACCUUAACAAGUACAAACAUGCAUCAUGUGCCCCCACCAGUUCCUCCACCUAUAGGUCCAUCUCUUACAGGAACAAGCCAUCUGGAGAUGGUACGGGGCCCAAUUCUUCCUAGAGUGCUACCUCCUCCCCCUUCACAAGGACAAAUGUUGUAUAGAACUCCUAUUCAUCCACCACUAGCUGGUAAUUCCCAGGGUCCUCAAAACAUACAACUAUUACGCCCCCCACCUCCUUCAAGCUUUGUUCCUGUCACUCCUGCUCCAUUUGCAUCUUUUGGACAUUCUCCAAUUGAAGAUGCUCAUCCACCUUCUAUGCCACCUCCACCACCUCCGCCGCCACCCUCUUCACCCCCACCUCUUCCACCAUCACCACCUCCAUCAUCCUCUCCUCCAAAUCAUUCAGUCAGGACCAACAAUGUACAGUGUUCUGAUAAAUGUAUCGAUUCUUCUGUGGGUCCAGUUGAUUAUUAUGUUGACAAAACCAUGUGUCCUUCCCAAACCACAGAUGAUAUGCUCACACUGGAUAGCCAUCUAAAUGGUAAGGGCGCAACUGGUGCGACGAUGGAAUCUGUGGCAGAAGAUGGAUUGUCAUCUGAGGAGCAAAUAACGUUGGAUCUUCCUACACCUCCACCUAAACCGGAAAAUGAAGAAGUUGUACGGAGGAUUGAGGUUUUAUGCCAGUUUAUUGCUAAAAACGGUCAUCAUUUUGAAGAGAUGGCUCGCAAAAAUGAAUCAGGGAAUCCAGAUUUUGCUUUCUUGUUUGGUGGUGAUUCUGGAAGUGAAGCUGCAAUUGCACACGAGUAUUUUCAGUGGGUCAAAAGGAAACUUCAUUUAGAAUCAAGAUCAUGUAAUGAGUCUGAGCAAUGUGAUUCGUCAUUCAGGCAUUCAGAGUGUGAGUCUUCAAUGAGAGCCAUAGAUGAGGGUGCAUCUCAUUCACCUGCAGAUUCUGACAUGGAUAUGGAAGAUGAUGUCAACCAAUCUGACAAAGAGCAGGAGUUUGGUAACAUGAAUGAAGGACUAAAUGGUGAGCCUAUUUCUCUGUAUGAUGUAACACCUGUUGUAAAGGAGCAAUUGCAUGCACCUCAGUGUUCAAUAGAAUGCCCAACAGCUAGGGCAUCUGUAUUGGAUGAAGAACAAAAAGAACAUGAUUCCUCUGCAUCUGGAAGGCCAUCAACCAAACAUCAUGGCAUUGGCAUGGAUUCAGAUGGAGCAGCUAAAUGCACUCCAGACACUAGUUUACAGAAAUCGGCUAGUACUGUUCUUGAGAUGUGUCCAACAAGGGCUUCACCUGCUACUUCAGGAAUUGGUCAUAAGGAGGUUCCAGGCUUACUUAUUAAAGGUGGAAGUCCAUUCAGACUCAUACAAGACUAUGCUUCUGAUGAUAGUCCUGAUGAUGAUGAUAAUGGACCAUGUCUUGAGGAUGUUAGCCCAGUAAGGGUCUCACCAUCUGCUACUAUGGAUGCUAAAAGUUUGCACAAUGAUGCAGAGACCAAUUUGGAUACAGCUGGUGUCUCAGGGAAUGUUUCUGUGACUACAAUGGAGUUCACAUCAGUUAAUGAGUCAGUUGUGGUAUCUCCUGUUAGCAUGCCUGUUGGGAUACUGGAUGUUUCUCCAGAACCACUGAAAGUAUCAGAGGCAAUUUUAAUAGUUUCUUCUCCACCAGAUGUGACCCCAGUAAUUGAUGAACUUAGUAUUAGUAAACAUGGAAAACAAACAUCUAGUGAUCAAGCCGUUCCUCCUGAACCAUUCAAGCAGAAGGAUGCUUUACAUGAUGAUCGUGCUGAUAUUGAUCCUCAGGAAGGAAAGUUACAUAAAGAAGAUACUCAACAGGCUUCAACUCCGUUGAAAGUUGAUGAGUUUGGGAGAUUGGUAAGAGAAGGUGCCAGUGAUAGUGACUCUGAUGGGUCACGCUAUGAUGGCAGGCGUAAGAGAGGCAGGAGCAGAAGUCGAAGCCGAUCUCCCCCAGGUAGGAGGAGGAGGAGGAGGAGCCGCAGUCCAUGGAGGAGAAGGGAGAAGCGAAGUCGAUCUCGCAGCUGGUCUCCUAAGAAACAAAGAAGCAGGAGCAGGUCUCCUGCUUUCAGGCGCAUGACUGAGUUUGGUGGUGAGAAAAUGAGAAGGGAUAGGGGUCAGGUUCCAGAGUGCUUUGACUUCCUCCGAGGUAGGUGCUACCGUGGAGCAUCUUGUCGCUAUUUGCACCAUGAUUCUGCCAUUGGUGAUGGACCAAGGCACCAUAGGACUAGACAGCAGCAUCUGGAAAUUUCACUGGAUUCAAGGCGUGGAGAGGUUAUAGAUGUUCAGGCAAAAACAUCAAUCUAUGACCAUGAUGAUGUCACGGGCCAGGAGUCACAAUCUUUCCGGGAUUCAUCUGUGCUUAGCACUGGUGCAUCAAAAGAAGAGGGUUUUAAUGGAAAAACUGAAACAGUGUCUGAAAGUGAUUGUAUUCAACUCAUGACUUCCAAUGAAAUUGGCCAAUUAGAAACUCUUACUGGUGCAGUGGGUCAGUCUGAGAGUUCUGAAGAGGUGAAAGUACAGGAACAGCAAGUUCAACGUGGACAGGUGGAAUUAUCUGCUCAGCAGCCUGUUGAGACCCUUGAGCCUUUGAAGGUUGACAACUUUACAAAAGAAUAUUCAACUGAUGCUGAAAUCCAAAAUUUGCCUCUUGAUGUUUCUGAGGUGAAACCUUCAAUGGAGGAAAGUUCAAUGCCUCAGACACCUAAAACCAGCAUUUCUGUUUCUGCUGCCCUUCCAGUGCUUGAAGAUGUUGCUAACAAUUCUCAACAAAACAGUAGCUCCUUGAUACCUCAUCCUUUACCUGCUCCAAGUUCCACAUCUUUACCAUGCCAGCUGCCUAUGGAUGAGCUGCAGCCGAAUAUGACAUCAACUCAACCAUAUCCAAAUCCAACUUCAAUGAGCCAGCCUUGUCCACCUGAGGAUUUUGCACCUCAAUAUUUGGCUCCUAAGGAAUUCCAACCACCUAGCUCUCUGGAUGGAGAACAUCAGCUUCCACCUUUCAAUCUACCGCCUCCCCCUCCUCUUCCUCAAGAUUUAAACACAGUAGGAGCAAGCUUUCAGUCUCAGACUGCUCCCCCAGUUGAAAGUUUUCCUCCCUAUCAAGCUGCAAUCCAUGACCCUCAUUCUCAUUUACCACCUCCACCAAGAGCCCCUUGGACAUCUCUUCCAGGGCCACCUUCAUAUGUUAAUGAAUCAACUCCAAGCCUUGCUAUUCAGACACCUGCCUUCCGUCCAGUGCUAUUUCAGCAGAAUUCCCCUCGUCCAAGGAAUGACUUUCCUUCUCAGGCCUUGACGAGACCUUAUCCACAUGAGGAGAAUACACAGCUCCAUCCUCGAAUUUUUCCUCCAAUAGGGGAUCCUCAUCGACCUCCCUUGCAUACGGAGGAUUUUAGAUCAAAGCCACUGCCCGUGGAUGGUCUGCAGGAUCAACCACUGAGAGGCCCCAUUUUUGGCAGAGAAGAGCGGUAUAUACAUUCUGCAAUUUCUGAAGCCAGUCAGUUUCAUCCUCCACCUCAGCCAGAAUAUCAUUUGCAUGCUCGGCCUCAGCUCAGACAAGUGCACCAUGUUGUCCAACCUGUUCGGGAUGAUGUACCAAGCUAUCGGGUGCUUCAGAAUCAAAGGUUUAGUUCCCAGUUCCCUGUGCAGGGUUCUCAGCUUGUAUCUUUCCCAGCUGAAAAUCUACCUCCUAGGCCAUUCUCCAGGGACGAAUUUGGUGCCUUGUCUACAGGGAACCUAUCUUACUCAGAACACCGACAGCCAUCCUAUGGCCUGCAACCUUCUGUUACAGAUGCCUUUUCUUCACAAUUGGGUGCACCUGGGAAGGUUGAUCCUUCUAUUUCAAGAUAUUCAAGCUUUUUGGACAGCAGUCGACUAUCUUGUUUAUCUGAGGUUGGAGGUUCUAGAAUCUCUAAGCCAAGCCACUACAAUCCAUUUGCUUCUACUUUUGAACAGUCAGUUGGGAGCUCAAAAUUUAGUUCUAAUUUUGUGCGAGACAUUGACACAAACUACACCAGGAAAUAUGAUUUUCCUUAUGGUUUGAGCCAUGUUUCAAUGGAUGGGCAACACAUUAGUGAUCUUGGAUCUAGACAGACAACUUCAUCACCAGAUUCUAAUAGGCUGGCUGGGCAGAUUUUACCUAGGUCUGGUAGUUCAUUGCCUGCCCCACUGGGGGAGUUGAAUGAUAGAGUGCGCUCACGGGGGGUGUCUGCAGAAGUCUUUCCAGGUACCCAGACUCCGCUCAUAAGGGAGUCAACAACUGACCAGUAUGAUCCACUUUUUGAUAGCAUUGAACCAUCUUCAAGUUCAAUUAAGAAGCUUGAUCAUCUUCAAGAAAGAGAUUCAACAACCAAUGUUGUAAAGCCUCUCCCAUCCAUAGUUAAUGAUUCAGAAGCCAUGUUGAGACUCAGCAGCUCACAUAAGCUUCCAACUGCAGAAGAGGACACUAAACUGAAAAAGGAUUCAGCUUCUACUGCUGCUAAGUCUCCAGAGAAUGAUGAAUUUGGUGAGACAGCGAUGGAUGCGGAAGUGGGAGUUGUGGAGAAUGAAAGCCCUGAGCCAGGGGAUGGGAAGAAUUGGAGCCCAGGGAAUCCAAAUGAUCAAGCAAACCCAGGCACAGGAGAGAUUGAGAUCGAUCAGGUUCAGACAUCGGGAAAGAGCAAGAAGAGCAAGGAUUCCAGAUCAAUGAGACUUUUCAAGAUUGCCCUUGCAAAUUUUGUAAAGGAGGUUUUAAAGCCAUCAUGGCGUCAAGGUAACAUGAGCAAGGAGGCAUUCAAGACCAUUGUCAAGAAAACUGUUGAUAAAGUAUCUGGAGCUAUGAAGAGUCAUCAGAUACCGAAGUCUCAGGCAAAAAUAGAUCGAUAUGUUGAGUCAUCACAGCGCAAACUGACUAAACUUGUGAUGGGUUAUGUCGAUAAGUAUGUCAAAGUAUAAAAGUUUCGAUGUCAUUCACUAUACGGGAAUCUCUUGUGGACAGUGGUGGUUGCAGAUAAACCCAGUGAAAGGUCGUGCACACAUGAUGAGAUCAAGUUUUUGAGAUGUUUUACGAGGUUGCUCUGGGCAACAAGGAAGAUAAUUGGCCUCAAACAAGGAGAUAUUAGCAUGGCAGAUUACUAAAGAGCUUAAACCUGAUGAGUUCUUAGAGCUCAAAAAAUGUAUGUAAUUCACUCAGAAUGUUGUUCUCUCUCUCUCUCUCUCUAAUUGAUAUCAUAAUUUGUGUAAAAUAAUUGAUUCCCAUAAUCUUUGCUCAGUAGUGUCUUCACGCAAUCUCUUACUACCAAAGUGAUUUUUUGACAAGGCAUCAAGAAAUUGCAAAAAGAAAAUUCAUUUCC